AUCUGGGACACACGGACUUUGAAAUAUGUUCUUCUCUGUCACCAAAACCAGAAAAAUGCACAGAGACAGAGGGACAAGCAAAGCCUCCUGCAAGAGCGCUGCCAAAAUACCUGGGAUAUAGUAGUCCCUCAAUGAAUGUAAACUCCAUUUACUGGCCUGAACAGGAAAUGGGCUAUUAAGCAAGGCAUCCUGUUAAAAGUGGCUGAAAUCAUCAAAAGUUGGAUUUUAGCUCAGUGCAAUAAGAAUGAUGACUUACUUCACAAGUUGGUAUCAUUUUGUAGGUGUGUUGAGAAGGCCAGUGAAGUGUCUUGUCAUCUAUGUAAAAUAUCAUCUCUAUCCAGGUGGAGCCAUCCUCAUUCUUCAGUGGUACUAGAACUGUGGUAAGGAUAUUGGAUUCCGACUCGACUCACUAAAUACCAUCCUGCAACAGGAAGUCUUGUUACAAGAGGAUGUGGAGCUGAUUGAGCUACUUGAUCCCAGUAUCCUGUCUGCAGGGCAAUCUCAACAACAGGAAAAUGGAUACCUUCCAACACUUGGCUCCCUGGCAACCCCUAAUAUUUGGGAUGUCUCAAUGCUAUUUGCCUUCAUUAGUUUGCUCAUUAUGCUUCCCACUUGGUGGAUUGUAUCUUCCUGGCUGGUAUGGGGAAUGAUUCUAUCUGUUUAUCUGAUCAUAAGAGCUUUGAGAUUAUGGAGGACAGCCAGACUACAGAUAACCUUAAAAAAAUACAUUGUCCAUUUGGAAGAUAUAACAACAAAUAGCCGAGCUUUUACUAACCUCGUAAGAAAAGCUUUACGUCUUAUUCAAGAAACUGAAGUCAUUUCUAGAGGAUUUACACUUUUGCUUGACAGGGUCAGUGCUGCUUGCCCAUUUAAUAAAGCUGGACAGCAUCCCAGUCAGCAUCUCAUCGGUCUUCGGAAAGCUGUCUACAGGACUGUAAGAGCCAACUUUCAAGCAGCAAGGCUAGCUACCCUAUAUAUGCUGAAAAACUACCCCCUGAACUCUGAGAGUGAUAAUGUAACCAACUACAUCUGUGUGGUGCCUUUUAAGGAGCUGGGCCUUGGACUUAGUGAAGAGCAGAUUUCAGAAGAGGAAGCACAUAACCUUACAGAUGGCUUCAGCUUGCCUGCAUUGAAGGUUUUGUUCCAACUGUGGGUGGCACAGAGUUCAGAGUUCUUCAGGAGGUUAUCCCUUUUACUUUCUACGACUAAUUCACCUCCUGGGCCCUUACUUACUCCAGCACUUUCGCCUCAUCGUAUCUUAUCUGAUGUGACGCAAGGUCUACCUCAUGCUCACUCUGCCUGCUUAGAAGAGCUUAAGCGCAGCUAUGAAUUCUAUCGGUACUUUGAAACUCAGCACCAGUCAGUGCCCCAGCGUUUGUCCAAAACUCAGCAAAAGUCAAGAGAACUGAAUAAUGUUCAUACAGCAGUACGCAGCUUACAGCUCCAUCUAAAAGCAUUACUGAAUGAGGUAAUAAUUCUUGAGGAUGAACUUGAAAAGCUUGUUUGUACUAAAGAAACACAAGAACUAGUGUCAGAAGCUUAUCAAAUCCUAGACCAGAAAUUUAAGUUGAUUCAGCCCCAUGUUCAAGCAAGCAACAAUUGCUGGGAAGAGGCCAUUUCUCAAGUGGACAAAUUGCUACGAAGAAAUACAGAUAAAAAAGGCAAAGCUGAAAUGGCAUGUGAAAACCCACGCUGUACUAUGGUACCCUUGGUGCAGCCCACUCUACAUAUUGCAGACGAAGAUCCAAUCCCUGAGGAGCAGGAGUUAGAAGCUUAUGUAGAUGAUAUAGAUAUGGACAGUGAUUUCGGAAAGGAUGAUUUUUAUUACUUGUCUCAAGAAGACAGAGAGAGACAGAAGCGUGAGCAUGAAGAAUCCAAGAGGGUACUCCAAGAACUAAAAUCUGUGCUGGGAUUUAAAGCAUCAGAGGCAGAAAGGCAGAAGUGGAAGCAACUUCUAUUUAGUGAUCAUGCUGUGUUGAAAUCCUUCUCUCCUGUAGACCCAGUGGAACCCAUAAGUAAUUCAGAAUCAUCAGUGGAUUCAGAUAUGGGGAAAGUUGGUAAAAAUGAUACUGAAGAGGAAAGUAGUAAACCCUCCACCACUGACAAUGAAAUAAGUAGUAGGACUGAGUAUUUAUGUGAAAACCCUCUAGAUGGUCAAAAUAAAGACAAUUCUGCAAAUGAAGUCUUCUUCCAAGGAGCUGAAGAAAGAGUGUGUUACCAGUGUGAGAGUGAAGAUGAGUCCCAGCAGGCAGAUGUAGGUGGCCUGGCCCCUUCCCAACCAACUCCCCGGGACUCAUCCCAGCCCUCCAUCAAGCAGAGGCUGGCACAGCUACAGCUGUCACCGGAUUUUACCUUCACUGCUGGCCUCGCUGCAGAAGUGGCUGCUAGAUCUCUCUCCUUUGCCACCAUGCAGGAACAGACUUUUGGUGAUGAGGAGGAAGAACAAAUAAUACAAGAAAAUAAAAAUGAGGUAGAAGAAAAGUAAGAACCAAGAUUUACAUGAAGGAUUUUAAAUGGCUGGGGUUUUUUUGUUUGUUUGUUUGGUUUUUGUUUUUUUGGUUUUUUUUUUUUUUGGUGAAAGUAUUUUAACUUCAAGACUAGCUAGUCCACUGGAAAGGGAAAUGAGUGUAAGUUUACUGUAUUUUUAAAGCUAAGAUGUGAAUUUACAGGAAGAACCCUGGUUUGAACAACUGAUCUGAAAAUAGUAGUUACCUAUAAAUGGCAGAUUUUUAGGAAAAUAAGAGAAAGGUAAGGGCUCUUUUGAAUAAACUGCUGUUUUAUUUGCAGCAUACCUGAUUGAUCUUAGGAAUUCUUUAAGUAUCUUUAAUAACAAAUGAAUUUAUCAUUUCUUGCCAGAAUUUACUACCAUAAAAUGACUGGGAUAAUUCUGUUGCAAGAACAUCUACAUUUAGUAUGACUCAUUUUUACUGUAUUCUGGCAGUUAAUAACUGCAGCUAUUAUGUCAGUAACAAGUUGUUUGUAUUUUAUUUUUGUUUAUACCUGUCGUAAAACAAA